AUUCCAGAAGAUUUAGAUGAGUAGUUGACCCAAUUUUUCGGUCUUUAAUAAGCAACAUCUCAAAUUUCCUUGUUUUAGUAUUUUAAGCCACACGGUUUCUACUACGUAGAAAAGUCGAAAUACUGUUCUACAGAUCACUCGUUCAAUUCCCUUUUAUUUUUACAUUGAAUUUUUAAUUUUUCCUUAAUAAAUUCAUUUUGGGUUUCUCGUUAAAUUUUGGGAUCUCUUUUUGCAUUUGUCCUUUUAAGAAAAUAUUUUUUCUUGAAGAAUGGGACAGCAGCAAUCGAAAGACGAAUUGUUGUAUCAGCAAGUGAAUUAUGGAAACGUUGAUGGCAUUAAAUCGCUUCGAAGUGAAGGAGCUGGGCUUGAGUGGAUUGAUAGUGAAGGAAAGACUCCACUUAUGGUCGCUUGCAUGAAUCCAACGCUUCACAAUGUUGCGGAAACUUUGAUUGAACUGGGUGCCAAUGUCAAUGCUUACCGUCCAGGUCGCCAGGCAGGGACUCCUUUGCAUCAUGCUGCAAAAAGAGGUCUUGACCAGACUGUAAAGUUGCUUCUUUCACAUGGUGCAAAUGCAUUAGUUAUGAAUGAUGAUUGCCAAACUCCACUUGAUAUUGCUAGAGGCAAAGGCUACAGCAACAUUGUUCGCACUAUAGAGGGGCACGUGUGCUUAUUCUCUGGUUGGUUGAGAGAGCUUUAUGGGCCUGGCUUUCUUGAACUUCUUGCACCUCAACUGCUUUCAAGAAAAGUUUGGGUGGUGGUUGUACCUUGUGGUUCUCGAAAUCUUAGAAAGCCCUUUAAGUUGGAGCUUGCUCUAUAUGCCAGUGCACAGGAUGCGCAACCACGAUUAAUUAUUCCACUAUGGAAAGCUAAUCUAGAGGAACCAAACUUCAAUCUGCCUGAUCCAACAGCAGUCGUGACUGCUAUUGCAAGCAUCCCGAGACGCUGGAGGCGAAGGCGAGGUAUUAAGUCCUCCCAACAGGCAAGGAAGGCACGAAUUAAACUAGCACCUGAGAGUGACAAACAGCAAUUGCAGCGGUUCUGCAAUGCAUGCAAAGGAAUUCCUCAGGUGCCACAUCCAACCUUUCCUUUCAAUACCCAAGUUCCUGCUGUUCAAGCAACCGCUCCACCAACUUCCGAAGAUGAAGAAGUAUCUAUUGCAAUCAAUGCCUCCCGUCAGGCUGCUGCACAUGAAAGACCACCAAAUAUUGAUUCUCAUUCAAUUUCAUCCACGAGUUCAGGCAACUCCACAGAGAGCUCGAGUCCCAGGAAUAGUUACAUUUGGGGGGCAUCUACCACCCACAAGGGAAGUGAUGGAACCCUUCUGGAAGACGGUCCAGGCAGCCAAGUUCAGCAUAUCCAGACACAGAGUAGCAUUCCAUCUGUUGUCCGAACAACUCUUGAAAACCCGACACCUGUCUCCAUCCCAUCAGCUCCACCUGUUGCAGAUGCAGUUAUUGACGAUGGCCCGAUUCACUAUCCAUCAAUUGACUCGAGCCCUGUUGAUUUGUCUUCAGCUGCUGUAGAUGCCUUGCCUGCCGGACUUGAUGAGAAGAUAGUAGAUAAUGCUACUUCGUCUUGUACAAUAUGCCUGGAUGCUCCAGUUGAGGGAGCUUGUAUCCCGUGUGGUCACAUGGCUGGAUGCAUGUCUUGCUUGAAUGAAAUCAAGGCCAAGAAGUGGGGUUGCCCUGUAUGCCGUGCCAAUAUCAAUCAAGUGAUACGAAUAUAUGCUGUUUAAAUCUUAGAGGAUAUGAAGCUGUUACUGAUUGUAAAUGAUAGCAAGUAUCAAGAGCAAAUGGCCAUCUGCAGCAUAGUUGUAUCCAUAUCUGUUGCAUAAUAUAAGAAAAGACGUUGAAUCAAACAUGUUUAUUUAAAUCUGUCUCGAUGUUAAUGUUUGGAAUGACUAUCAUGAUAUUUCCUUGUGACUUUUUAAGGACGCUGGUGUUACCUUUUGGUGUGUAAGAGAUUGUGUUAAACACUUGAUAUUAAAGUUGUGUGCAGGUUGAAAAUGUUUAU